CGCUUACUGGACUCACACGAGGAUGGAUAGAGUUUUUGCGUAACGGUUGAAAUGUCCGACUUCCACAACCGGAGCCAAACAAGCGCACGUCGCAGUGACUACGUGUGGCAGUAUGAAUAUUAUGACGACGAAGAGCCCGUGUCGUUCGAGGGACUCAAAGCGCACAGAUACUCCAUCGUCAUCGGCUUUUGGGUUGGACUUGCUGUGUUCGUGAUUUUCAUGUUCUUUGUUCUCACUCUGCUCACAAAGACAGGAGCGCCACACCAAGAUAACCCAGACUCGGCUGAAAAGCGUCAUCGACCGGGAAGCUGUCUGGUAGACAUUGAUGGUCACCAGGAUGAAAACGACAAAGCCUUCUCACGUCCGUUGCUAGCAGGAUCCCGUUCAUAUUUUAAUUUCUACAUCAAUGAGGAAGACAAGGGUCACGGAAAGCAAAAAGUAGAAGAAAAGAGAGCUGGAAAGCACACCGUGGCCCGAGCUGAGCAGGGAACCUUCAACCGGAACAGAGGCGUCAGCUCCUCUGGGAUGGACGAGAUGGAAGAAGACCUUGAGGAGGCUGGGGUCCACCAACAGCUUACUGGACUAAUAGAACAGAGCAAGACAGACAGAGAGUGCACCUUUCUUUCUCACUUCAACAUCCCUAACUUUGUCAACUUGGAUCACAGUUCAACUCUUGGAGAGGAUGAUCUGCUAUAUGAGCCCUCAGUCAUACUAGAGCGUCAGUCUAAAUGUCACGAUGCUCACUUUGACAUCCACUAAGGCUCGUCCUGCAGAUAAGCAUGGUUAUAGUGAUACCGUAACACCAUUUGCUUUUUCAGAGGGUCAUUUAUGAACUGACAAUGAGAAAUAUACUCAUCACUAAGCUUCUGUGUAUGAAGUUUUGUUGUUGUUUUUUUUUUACAGCCAACAACCAAGAGGGCACAAAACCUAGCUGACAGCUCAAUAUUCAGUGCAACUCAAAGUUAUAAGAUGAUAACUCUUCCUGAAGUUGAAAUUGCCUCAGAAGAGAUACCUGUCAUUUUGAGUAUAGGCUCUGGAAAUGGACGCAGCUGUGCUGUACCUGGAUGAGAUGACAUUUUCACACAGGAACAGAUAAAAAUGGAAGAGUGCCAGGUUCACAAGGGAGAUUUUUUUUUGUAGUUCUGUAGAAUUAAUUAUGUUGUUAUUGCUGUCUCGUUUUCCUUGUAGAAUUUUGAACGCUGGGCAUUAUCUUUUAAAAACCAAAUAAAUGCCAGCUAGUCUACCAACAAAUUUAAAAACUGUGAAUUAAUCAAGUUUUGUCCUAAGAUUAAGUGUUUAGAAAAGGUGAAGUGUAAUUGUGUGUAGCAAACGGUGUAAUUAGUAGUACAAAAUCAAAUAUAUCAGAAUAGGGACUCGCAGGAGAAAAUACACAGCGCUUUUGUAGUCAGAAAAUCUAUUAAACUUACUGAAGGUGAAU